AUGACUAAAACCUUCUGGUUAAGUUUUGCUCCUUCCGGCUUCAUGUUUUUUUUACAAGCGGUCGUUCUCAAGCCGUUCCAGCCCGUGGCGUUGAGCAUGUUGCUGACAUACUGGGAGCCGGGAACUGACAUGACAUAUAAACAAGCCGUGUAUUGCGCUUCCGCUGUCAUAGUCAUUUCUCUGUUGAUAGCAUUCCUGAACCACCAUGGAACAUAUUCCACUCAACAAUUCGGCAUGAAAGUCCGCAUCGCUGCCUGCUCCUUGAUAUACAGAAAGGUAAUGCGAAUGAGUUCAGGUGCCUUGGCUCAGACGACAGCUGGACAAGUGGUAAAUCUUCUUUCCAAUGACGUAAAUCGGUUCGACUACGCCUUCAUCUAUACACACUUCAUCUGGCUGCUUCCAAUACAAGUGCUUCUUGUUUGCUACCUGAUCUACAUUAGAAUUGGCUAUGCUGCUAUAAUUGGGGUCGUCGGCAUCGUAGUACAGACUAUACCAGUUCAAUCAUAUAUGAGCAAAUUGGCGGCAAAAUUACGUAUGAAAACCGCUUACAAAACCGAUGAACGUGUGCGCAUUAUGGACGAAAUUAUUAGUGGCAUGCAGGUUAUUAAAAUGUAUGCUUGGGAAAAACCGUUCGAAAAGAUUGUAGCAAUGGCUCGUAAGAACGAAAUAAAAUGCAUCACCUCCGCGUCUUAUCUCCGAGGAGUCUACCUUAGCUUCAUGGUUUUCACUGAAAGACUCACUCUUUACGUCACCCUUUUAUCGUACUCUCUGUUCGGAUUUCAAGUUACUGCUGACAUUGUGUUUCCCUUGGCGCAAUUCUACAAUACACUUCAGGGCACACUCUCAAUUAUAAUGUCAAAUGCUGUAUCAUUUUUGGCAGAAGCACUGAUUUCAGUCCAACGCCUCGAAGCGUUCAUGCUGUUAGAUGAAAGAGAAGAUCUACGUAGCGUAGCAGAUGUAGACAUCGCUAAGCUUGUAGAAAACGUUAAAAACAAAAAAAAGAAGAAUCUCUGUGAACUAGACACUCGCUCGAAUACAUUCAAGACAAUAGAUGAGGAAGGAAUCUGUAAUCCAGGUUUUGACUACAAUGAAAAGGGUCUUAUGACUAAAGUAACAAGCUCAAUUCCGGUACACUCAGAUAUUGGUUUAUCGAUUCAAAAUGUGAAUGCUAAUUGGACAGAAGACGGCCCUGUAACAUUACGCAACAUCAAUUUAAAUAUUCCUAAAGGGAAACUUUGUGCAAUAAUUGGAUCGGUCGGAUCUGGCAAGAGUUCGAUAUUACAAUUAUUAUUAAACGAAUUACGCUCAAGUGCUGGAAAAGUAUAUCUUUCUGGGCCUUUAUCUUACGCUUGUCAAGAACCUUGGCUAUUUGUGGCUACCGUGCGUCAAAAUAUUUUAUUUGGCUUGCCAUAUAAUCAUAGAAAAUAUAAAGAGGUUGUACGAGUAUGUGCCUUACAAAAAGACUUUCAACAGUUUCCACAUGGUGAUCAAACUCUAGUCGGGGAAAGAGGUGCUUCAUUGUCUGGAGGUCAACGAGCACGCAUAAAUCUUGCCAGAGCUGUGUAUAGAGAAGCCGACAUUUACCUCCUUGAUGAUCCAUUGUCAGCUGUGGACGCGCACGUGGGACGGCAACUGUUCGACGAAUGUAUCUCAAGCUACCUACGCCACACCACCCGCGUGCUUGUCACUCAUCAACUCCACUACCUCAAAGCUGCAGAUUAUAUAGUCAUCAUGAACAAUGGUUCUAUCGAAACUAAAGGCACCUAUGAUGAAUUAUCGACAUCAGGAAAAGACUUCGCUAAGUUGCUACAUUCCGUUCAAGACGACAAUAAAACCGACGCGGAAAAAGAAAAGCCUCCACCAUUACCACGGCGAUCAUCUUCGAGAUUGUCAACAACGAGACGUCCAUCUCUGGCAGAGUCUAUGACAGCAUGUGAAGCUCCUGCUCAAGAAAUGGAGGAAGAAGUAAGAGAGUCCGGCACGAUGGGUUGGCGGGUUUACGGAGCCUACUUAAAGGCUGGGGGACGAGCACCUAAAAUAAUAUUUAUGGUACUGCUUCUUGUGAUUGGACAACUUUCUGCAACUCUCUGUGACUACUGGGUCACUUUUUGGACAAAUGAAGUAACGCUUAUGAAAGAAAGAGAAAGCAACAAUACUGUUGAAGACUACGAUCAAGUCAUACCUGCGGUAAAUACGACGUUUUCCCUCACAAGUUACUUCUCCGGCAUCGACCUAGAACCGAAUUUGAAUUUAUAUUCUUUAAUUGGACCACUGAAUACGUCUCAAUACCUUUACGUGUAUACGGCUUUAAUCGUAUGCUGUGUCUUGUUUAUCAUGGCUCGUGCAUUCAUGUUCUUCAAAGUUUGUAUGACGGCAUCAAGAAAUCUACACAAUGAUAUGUUUCACUCUAUGCUUCGUGGGGUUAUGCGCUUUUUCGACUCUAACUCAUCAGGUCGUAUUCUGAAUCGGUUUUCAAAGGAUAUUGGUGCACUAGAUGAAUUGCUGCCACGUUUCCUCCUCGAAAGUAUUCAAAUUUACCUCGUAAUGUUCAGCAUAUUAGCACUUAAUGCAGCUGCCUUGGUCUGGACAUUGCUGCCAACGACUAUAAUACUUACGCUUUUCUAUAUCAUACUACAGAUUUAUUUGAAGUCUGCGCAAUCUAUAAAACGAUUAGAAGGAACCACAAGGAGUCCUGUGUUUUCACACAUGUCCGCAACAUUGAACGGCAUCAGUACCAUCCGGUCAGCUGGAGCUCAGAAACGCCUCAUCCAGGAGUUCGAUCACUAUCAGGACAUUCAUACCUCUACAUGGAGCAGUUAUCUGGCUAGUGGAGUUACUCUUGGUUUUUGGCUCGACUUUAUUUGCGUCGUCUAUUUAACAAUUGUAAUUGUUGCUUUCCUCGUCAUUGACAGCAAAACAAUAUUCUCUGGCAAUGUGGGACUGGCGAUAUCGCAGACUCUCAUCUUAACGGGAAUGCUCCAGUUCGGAGUGCGGCAAACGGCGGAAGUGAUCUCACAAAUGACUAGCGUGGAACGAAUUCUACAAUACACACAUAUUGAACGAGAACCGCAGUGGGAAAAAGGAACUAAAGAAACCCCUAAAGGCUGGCCUUGGCGUGGCCGCGUUGAGUUUCGCAAUUGUUAUAUGAAGUACACGCCUGACGAUUUACCCGUUUUAAAAAAUUUGAAUUUAGUUAUUGAAAGCGGUUGGAAGGUUGGCAUAGUCGGACGAACAGGCGCUGGUAAAUCAUCACUAAUAUCUUCCCUAUUUCGACUAUCUAUAUUGGAGGGAGAAGUUCUCAUUGAUGAUGUUGAUACUGCAUAUCUUUCCCUUCAGGAAUUACGCUCUAAAAUAUCAAUUAUCCCACAAGAGCCAGUACUGUUUUCAGCAACUAUUCGAUAUAACCUAGAUCCAUUUGACAAUUAUGAUGAUGAACAAAUAUGGAAAGCCUUGGAAGCAGCUGAUUUGAAAGCGGUUAUUCCAGCGUUAGAUUUUAAAGUGUCCGAAGGAGGUUCUAACUUUUCUCUUGGACAGAGACAAUUGGUCUGCCUUGCACGCGCUAUUCUUCGCGGGAAUCGUAUCCUUGUGCUAGACGAAGCUACUGCAAAUGUGGACCCAAAAACCGAUGAAUUCAUUCAGAAAACCAUAAGGAAACGUUUUUCGGAUUGCACAGUAAUAACGGUUGCCCAUAGAUUAAACACUAUAAUGGACUCAGAUCGUGUAAUGGUUAUGGACUCUGGAUGCCUGGUUGAAUUCGAUCAUCCUUACAAGUUGCUUAAUAAACCUGAGGGUUACUUUACAAAAAUGGUUAAGGAGACCAGUGAAAAGAUGUCAGCACAACUAUACGAAAUAGCGAAGAAAACAUAUAUUGAUAGUGGCGGCGUUGUAGAUAUAUAAAAUGUAUUAUUGUUUAUUUUAAUAUUGUAAUUAAUAUUCUAAGUUUAUUGUUUUGGAAUGAUGCAGUUAGGUACUUAGAUUUUCUACUAGUAGGAGAUUCGAAAUAGAGACGAACUUCGCCCAUCUUAUCAUUUCAGCCUAUCGCAGUCUACUGCUGGACAUAGGGCUCCACAAGU